AUGUGCAAGGCCGCACGCAACGUUGAAACCCCCGACCCCCUCACUGCUGCCCUCCAGCCCCCGCCCGACGAGACUCCUGCCGAGCGCCGAGCUCGCGAGCAUGCGGAAGCACAGGCACGCCGGGUCAGCGACCAGAUCGACUCAGAGCUCACCGCAGAGCGGCUCGCGAUGAAGCGCAAGCGGCCGGUCAAGCUCCUCCUCCUCGGCCAGAGCGAAAGCGGCAAGUCGACGACGGUGAAGAACUUCCAGCUCGCGUACGCGCGGUCGUCCUUCCUCGCGGAGCGUGCCGCCUGGCGCGCCGUCAUCCACCUCAACCUCGUCCGCUCGGUGACGACGAUCAUGCGCGUCCUCGCUAAGGAGCUGCACGGUGAUCUCCCGACCGAUGAGGAUGAUGCGCUUUCGAUCGGCGAGGACGACGAGGACAUCGACCAGGCGUCGUUCAACCCCCCUGUUGCGUCCAGCCCGUUCAGCGACUUCCACCACUCACUUCUCCAGCGCCUCGCGCCCCUCUGUCGCGUCCAGCGCACGCUUGAGAAGAUUUUAGGAGCCGCGUCCGGACAGGAAGUCGACAGUAGCGGCGCGGGGGACGCUGUUGCGCCGUGGACCGCGGGCAACGCGUCACGCCCGAAGGAGUUUGUGGUCACCAGCCGGAGCGGGUGGAAGUCUGCGCUAAGCAGAGUCGGCGGCGGACGAGGGAGCAUCGACGAACCUCGCCAGCCCCGCCGGUCGUCACUCGCGAGCAGGUCGUCAAACGUCGGCCGGGAAGAUGAGGAGCCGGACGAGACGGACGAGCUCCCGAUGGUCCAGGAGGCGGCGGAUGUGAUUGCUGCCUGCGCGGAGGACAUGUGGGCACUGUGGCAGGACCCGGACGUGCGUGCGCUGCUCGACCAGCGGGGGAUGUGGCCCGACGAAGGCCCUGGCUUCUUCCUCGACGAUGUCCGGCGAAUCACGCAGUUCGACUACGAGCCGUCAGACGACGACGUCGUGCGAGCACGGUUGAGGACCAUGGGCGUGCAGGAGCACAGGUUCGUCUUCGAGAGGGGCUUGGAAACCGAGCGCGAGUGGCUGAUUUACGACGUCGGCGGCGCCCGCUCUCUCCGACACGCAUGGUACACGUACUUCGACGACGUCAACGCCAUCAUCUUCCUUGCGCCGAUCAGUUGCUUUGACGAACAGCUCGCGGAGGACCGACGUGUGAACCGUUUGCAAGACAGCAUGGCGCUGUGGAACGCCGUCUGCUCUAUGCAGCAUCUGGCGCACGUGAAACUUAUUCUCUUUUUGAACAAGUAUGAUCUUCUGCAGAAGAAGCUCGCCCGCGGGGUCCGCGUAUUCGACUACGACCUCGCAUACGGCGAGCGCAUGAACGACGCUGCUACUGCGGCUGAGUACUUCAGGCAAGAGUUCAAGGAUAUACUUGUCAAGUACUCUCCCCAGCGGCGCGGGUUCUACUCGUAUCUCACAUCCGUCGUAGACACGAAAGCGACUGCGAUCCAAUUCGCUGCUGUUCGCGAAGCCAUCCAGCGGAACCAUUUCCAGGCCGUUAUCUGUCUCUAA